AUGAAAAAAGGUGAACUGACUCAGUAUGAUCUUAGAUACUAUGAUUCAUAUGCACAUUAUGGAAUUCAUGAAGAAAUGUUAAAAGAUGAGGUCCGAACUCUUUCUUACCGAGAUGCUAUUUAUGAAAAUAAACAUUUAUUUCAAGAUAAAAUUGUAUUAGAUAUAGGAUGUGGUACAGGGAUUUUAAGCAUGUUUGCAGCAAAAGCAGGAGCAAAACUUGUUAUUGGUAUUGAUAUGUCAGAUAUUAUUCAUCAGGCAGAAGAAAUUGUUAAAAUCAAUGGGUUAUCAGAUAAGAUUCUUUUGAUUAAAGGGAGGAUGGAAGAUAUUACUCUUCCUGUUGAUAAAGUAGAUAUUAUUGUGUCAGAAUGGAUGGGAUAUUUCCUUCUUUAUGAAAGUAUGUUAGAAACAGUGAUUAUUGCGCGGGACGCAUAUUUGAAGGAAGGUGGACUUAUGUUUCCUAAUAAGGCUACUAUGUUUAUUGCUGGAAUUGAGGAUGCAGAAUAUAAAGAGGAAAAGAUUGGAUUUUGGAAUGAUGUAUAUGGAUUUAAUUUUACACCUAUUCAAAAACUCGCAAUGAAAGAACCUUUGGUUGAUACAGUAGAAUUUCGUGCGGUUGUAACAGAUCCUUACCGUCUUUUAACCCUGAAUCUUUAUAAUGCUAAAAAAGAAGAUCUAUCUUUUACAAAAAAUUGGGAAUUAAAAUCUCGGAGAAAAGAUUAUAUCCAUGCAAUUAUUGCAUGGUUUGACAUAGAAUUCGAGGCGUGCUAUAAACCUGUUAGGUUUAGUACUGGUCCACAUGCUAAAUAUACUCAUUGGAAACAAACUGUUUUUUAUCUCAAUGAUGUAAUUUCUGUUAAUGAAGGUGAAAUUAUAUAUGGUACAAUAACCAAUGGUCCAAAUCAAGAAAAUCAUCGUGAUUUAGAUAUUACAAUUGAAUAUAGAUUUGAUAAAAGUGAUAAACCUAUUAACGGAAUAUGUUCAUAUACAAUGUUGGUGUUAAACAAUCCUUAA